UAUGGAUGCACUUCUUCAACGUGCUAACUACAGCUAAUUCAUGUCCUUGAUAAAACAAAGCAAUGAAAAUAACCAAGUAAUUAAAAAAGGAAAUAAUCAAAAUUCGAGUGAAAUCAAACCCAUUGCUAUUGAAGAAGAUGACUAUAUCGAAGGGUUGAAUUCUAUAAUUCAGAAAACCUAUUAUCCAGAUCUUUCUCACAUGAAAGCUGAUGUGGAAGGUCUUGGUAAUGAGCUUGAAAACGAUACUAUUCAAGAAAAAAAUGACGCAGUUCAUAAACAGGUAGCAUUACUCCCAAAGAAUGAAUAUCUUGUGCAAAAGCUUCAGCAUAAUAAUCAAGACUUAACACUUGCUGAUUACCAGUCAAAGUUUACUUCUGAAGAUAAUGCUUCCUUUUCUGAAUUAUUCCUUAUUGAGAAAGAUGCAAGAAAAGAAUUACUCCAAAAGCGCUAUGGUGUGAAGCUCGACGAAAAAUCAAUGGGUGCAGCUUCCUCCUCUCAAGAAAAAAUAAAGCCAAGGAAUUCAAUUGCAUGGAAAGAAAGACCCAAUGUUAUUCAGACUUGGAAUUCUAAGCAAAAAAAUUCGUUAAUGUUUUACCCUCAAACCUCAGAGAAAUCUGCUGUAACUAAAGCAAGAAGCCAGCAUCAACGAAUCAUUAGUUCAUCCACUCGGCUUGAUGAUAACUUUCUUAAAGAAGCCAACGCACCCAGCCAGGAACCUUUGCCAGAGCCGACUAUUAAUAAGCGUGAAGCCUCAAUCAAUGGAUAUCCAUUAAUCGGCUCAAAUUAUAAGUAUGCAUCCGGAAACUCAUCGACUAGUUUUUAUAUUCCCGAGACUUCAAGAAGAGAGAAGUUGCAUGAAAUGCAACUUCAGAAUCUAAAAGCUCAUAAUAAUGUGCCUUCAAAUUCUAUUAGUUCCGGAGAACCCACGUCAGCUACUUCUACUAGACUUCCUUCUAGGCUGUCUACAUUGACGCCAGCAGCUAGGCGUCUUGUAGCCCAAUCCUAUCUUACAACUCCCAAUAAGGAAUCUCCGCUGCAUCGUCGUUUAACGACAGCUUCAAUUCCAAAGUUUUCUUGGACACCUACUCCUCGUACAAAAGAUCCCACUACGACUAAACGACUCUAAAACAAUAUAAUGAGCAAGUAAUGAAUGAAUGGAUAGAAUGGUGCUAUAGGCAACUCAUUUUUGGUAAAUAAAUGGAUUGAUAUACGGUCAAUUUAAUUAGGUUUGAUGAUAAAAAUAAAAU